AUGCUAGGUUGUUUGCGAGGCUUCGCGAGCAAGCAUGCUACACGUUCAGGGCGAGUACUUCGCCUCGACACACUGGGAAACGCGGGAGCUCGGCACACAGGAGGCGCCUCGGCGCUCGAAGAACGGACCUCGGCAUCCUGUGCUCCAUCGCGCGGGCUCUACACCGCCUGCUUUCCAGGAGCUGUGGCGAUGACGACGGCAACUUGUGUUCGUUGGGCUAAUGAUCACAGGCGACUGAUACAUAGCAAGCGCUGGCCAAGAAAUCCCGUGCGACGAUCCGUCUCGAACCGUUUCGAUCGCGCUGCGGCAGCGCUCGACUUGCUACCUGCGGCAGAAGUAGGUUCCGCUGCUGAAAAGCUUUUAGAGCGCGUGCUGUCGGAAGUGCCUACCGCUGUUGCUGCAACGCAAGUGGCGGUAGCGGCCCAGUCGACACCACAAGUCGCCGUGGAGGUACCGGCCGCGCAGCGCAAGCCGACACCCGUGGCAACAGGCACGCGAAACGACCCGGCGACAGCGUUACUGUCGAGUGCCCUGACACCGGGACCCCCGAAAGGCUACGUCUAUCGCACGCGUCCAGUACCGGUUCCGUUUUCAGAGCGAAGGCGCUCGGAGACGCUGGCUCGUUUGCCGACAACGCUCGAGGCGGCAGAGCGACAGGCGGCGCGGGAGUUGGAACGGUUGUGGCGCAACGCUCCCCCCGAGCUGAUCGCCUCCGACAGGCAGUGGAAGCUGCUACUGCCUCCGCACAACAGCUUUGCCCUCACGCCAGCGUCGAAUGCACGUUUGCCGAAUGUGAGUGUGCCGACCCUCGCGCACGACCUCUCCCGAGUGGUCGAAGACGGGGGCGUUCAUCCGCUGCUGUGCCCAGAGACCCAGCGCUACAACUUUGAUCCCUACCUGCGACUUAUUCGACAGCCGGCGGAAAUCGCCUGGGAGAACAUCCCACCCUAUGUACCUGCUUCGCGUGAUGAUGCACUUCGCGAGGUGGCGCGCCUCGAAGGUGCCUCGUACCUCGCCUCAACGUCCUCGAUCACGGGCGUGCUGACGGCGCUCUAUCACUUGGUGAGCAGCUUUCGGGGGACCACUUUAGAGGGUCUCAGCGAAUUCUUCCAGCGGCAGCCUCGACAUUUUACCAGGCAUGCCCACAAACCGGUGAGCGUUCUUCUCCAACCGCUCGACGGUAUGAUCGCGAUUGACGCAUGCAAAGGCAUCGUGAACCGCGAAAGCAUCCUCAUGGAUCUGGGACAUUCGAUGGAGCGCAUGCUGACCAUGGAACCCGGUGCAUUCUGUCGCAAGUUUCUGCGUCCCCAGGCCCAGCUUUUGACGGACGAAGCGAUCUCGCCGAUGCCGGACCAGGCUUUCAACUACAGCCGCUGCGGGGACUUUGUCCUGCGAGCGCAGAUUGAUUGCCGACACCCGCGCACCGAUGAGCCGUUUGACUUGAAAACGCGAGCCGCUGCACCGAUUCGCUGGGAUCUCGACAACUACCGGGACUACUUGGAGUACCGUAUCACGCACUUGCGUGGACCGAUGUACUCUUAUGAGCGAGAAUUUUACGAUAUGAUUCGCUCGGUAUUCAUCAAGUACUGUUUCCAGCUUCGCGUAGGCCGCAUGGUUGGUGCGUUUGUGACCUACCACAACACGCGGGAAUGUUUCGGGUUUGAGUUCGUACCGCUUUCCGAAAUGGAACAGUAUGUGUUUGGGAACACGCACUGGGCACGAGAAGCAUUCAGCGCUGUCAUGGGGCUCUUUCAGCAGAUUUUGGCGCACACAGCUGCCCACUGGCACGAUGCUCUACAGCGUGAUCACGACUCCCUGAAACUGACCAUUGAUCCGGGACGCCAACGCGGGCGCGCUCGUGUCUACGUCCAGCGGCUGCGGUGUCAUGACGGAGGCACACCAGAUCCCCUGGAUGCGAUGUCGCUCGUUCAGAGUGGUCUAUCCGCAACCGACAUGGGCGCAGUGGAGCUCGCAGAGCGGCUCUUUGGUAGCGGCGCUUCGACAACUGAGGCCUCCUCACCGACGAAAGGGCUACUCGUCGAGGAGGACCUUGCCUGCUUUGAUAUGUUUCUGCUUCCGUUCGUGAAUGAACAGAGCGUUACAGGUGAAGCUGUGCAGGUGGAUCAGGGGGACAAAUACCAGGCGCUGUUCGCGUUCACUCCUUUCCAAAGACCACCGUGUUUGGCAAGUUACCUCACAUCGCUGCGUCGAAGCUACGGAAUUGAUGAGAUGCCUCGGUUUCGUGUCUGUGACUAG